GAAAUUCGUUACUCCACCCUCUCCUGGAACAACAUUAAGGCCAAAUAAUAGUUGGUCCCUAGCCAUUACCGCAGCUUUACCAGUGGUGCCAGAACCAUCUGAACCCAAGCCGUUGCGGGCAAAAGAACUGAAUAGACCUGCGAAAAGUGUGCAUUUCACACUCAUGAAAGCGCAGAGGACGAAGCACUUCUCCUUCGGAAAGCCAUGGUAUGUGAUAAAUCCUGAAGGACGCCUGGGCGCGGUAUGGCAGAUCAUCACCGCGAUUUGCCUGGCAUUUGUGGCUGUGAUCACUCCCGUGCAGG